CUUAAAACAAAAAUCGUAACCAAUAGUAAUAAUUGUCUAAAAUUUUAAUAGGUGCAAAUCGUGCAAGCAAAAAUGGAAAAAGUCAAAUUCUUUGCGAUAAUCUUCAUUGUGACAAUGGUUAUGACAAGUGUUUCGGCGGAAGAGCUACCGGUGCAAGUGACGACCAAUGAGGUGACUCUUGCGGCGGAGGCUGCCGCCUCAAGUUUUAAAAGCAGCGCCGGAGAGGCUGCUCAAGGAGCCAAGACAUGGGCUGAUUGGGCUACUAGCAAAAUCAGGUGA